CCCAGUUCAACACUGUCUGUGGUUGUGCUGCUGGCCUCAGGGAAAUGGCUGCAUUGAUCAGGAGGAUUAUCAGCACAUCCAGAGCUCCUGCUGCUAUCUGCUCGUACAGCCAAGCAGUGGUGGUAGAUCGGACAGUGUACAUCUCGGGACAGCUGGGGAUGGAUCCUGCCAGUUGUCAGUUGGUGGAAGGUUGUGUUCAGGCUCAGACCAGACAGGCUCUUGAAAAUAUGGAUGAAAUCCUUAAAGCUGCUGGCUGCGGUUAUGAGAAUGUUGUCAAAACCACAGUGCUCCUUGCUGACAUGAACGACUUCACUAAUGUCAACAAUGUUUACAAGCAGUGUUCAGCACAACUAAGAAGAGAAGGAUCAGAGACAUUGUCAGUAUGCGUUGUACAUGACCUUUGAAUAGAUGCAGUGAAACAAAUGCAGUGACACAUUCAAACUGUGUGCUGGACUCUUACUGUAUGUAGUUAUCCUUUGAUUGCACACACAUUUCCCAGAAAUCUUUUUAUCAUCAUAUGUCACAUAAUGUGGUUGUUUUUGAUUUUGAAUAUGAGUUGCCCAAUUACUCCCUCCACAAACAAGGUUAUGUGUUCAUUGCUGUUUGUUUGUCUGUUAGCAGGAUUACAUAAACUACUGAACUGAUUCCAUAGAAAUUUUAAUGGUAGGGUAUGGACCAAGAGCGUGUUCACCUUUCAAGCGGUUUCCCAUUAAGGGAGUUAAUCCAGGAUUUUUUCUUCUCUCUUUAGCUUUGUUAGUGUGUAUUUUGAUUUGAUUUGUGAACUUCUGAAGAGAUUAUCCAGAUGGUUAUUAGUCUGUAGUUACACACUUUUUUCUGGUCUUGAUGACCACUCAAAGCACUUUACAUUACAGGUUUUAGCAAUUUAUACAAAGCAUGUAUUUAAAUAUCUGGCAUAUUAAGAAUUAAUACGACGAGUGCUUGCUUGCACACACUGAUGGACAAUGGAACAAACAAAUUUUUCUUUUACAAAACGGUUUGUUUUAUAUCAGUUUGUAAGAGAAAGAGCCAAAAUAAACUUUUUAUUAUACGGGUUGCUGAUGAUUAUACAUUUACAUCAGAGGGGGACAACACUGGCUAGUUCUUGAAAGAAUCAUGUGUCACUCACUUAACCUUGUCAUUUUCUGUGCUGCUUU